CAUCCCUCUAUAAGCCCACAGCCCCAUCCCUCUUUUCGCGCUCUCUCAACGUUAUGUCUACCGAAGACCACCCCGCCAAGAAGAUGAGGAUGGAGGCGAAGGUGAUUGGGACCCACAAUGGAACCUUCCACUGCGAUGAAGCCCUCGCCGUCUAUCUUUUGAAGCACACUAAGGAUUACGGGAAUGCAGACCUUAAGCGUACCAGGGACCCGGCUGUUCUCAACACCUGCGACAUCGUCGUUGACGUCGGCGGUGUUUAUGACGAGAAGACGCAGCGCUUCGACCACCACCAGCGUGGCUUCGAUGAGAUCUUCGGACAUGGCUUCAGCACAAAGCUCUCCUCUGCCGGCCUGGUGUAUAAGCAUUUUGGGAAGCAGAUCAUCGCCAACAGGCUGCAGCUGAGCGAGGAUGAGCCCAAGGUCGAGACCCUCUGGCUCAAGCUCUACAAGGAGUACAUUGAGGCGAUCGACGCCAUCGACAAUGGGAUCUCGCAGUACCCCGCCGACCUGAAGCCGCGCUACCGCCUCCGCACGGACGUCUCUGCCCGCGUCGGUUACCUCAACCCCGCCUGGAACCAGUCGGUGGACGCGCAGACGGUCGACGCGAACUUCCAGCAGGCAUCCGCCCUGGUAGGCUCCGAGUUCAUGAACCGCCUCGACUAUUAUGCGAAUGCUUGGCUGCCUGCUCGCGACCUGGUUAUAGCUGCUCUGAAUAAGCGCAAGGAGAUCGACCCGAGCGGCCACAUCAUCCUGUUCGAACAGUUUGCCCCUUGGAAGGAGCACCUGUUCGAGCUCGAGGAGAGCCUCGCGAUCCCCGAGGCCGAGAAGCCGAUCUACGUGCUCUACCCCGACGAGACGGCGAACAACUGGCGCAUCCAGGCCGUGCCCGUCUCUCCGGAAAGCUUCGAGAGCAGGAAGGCGCUCCCUGAGAAGUGGCGCGGUAUUCGUGACGAUGCGCUCUCCCAGCUCUCCGGUGUGGAUGGCUGCAUCUUCAUCCACGCUAGCGGGUUCAUCGGCGGCAACAAGACGAAAGAAGGCGUUCUGAAGCUCGCGAACCUCGCUCUCAACAUCUAAAGCGCCUCAUGCAAUUGUGAAGGGGAGAAUAAGAUGAGGGCUGCUGCGAAUUGACUGGCAUGUCAUGCCAGGAUCAACCGUCGAGUUGAUAGGCCACAUUGACUCUCCAGUUUGGAGAGAGCAGUACCGCGUACUUGCUUUCGCUGUCCUUCGGACAUGCGACGCCUGGGCAAACCUAGGCGUAUGUCUAUGGUGCUUGGACACGGUGGACGGCGGGCCGGAAGGGGACUCGGGCGCUCGGCCCUGGCCUACUUACUGCACGGCUUGACUCCAGCCACAUCCCACUCGACCUUCGAGUGCAUCUCCAUAUACUGCUCCGCACUCUUGCUGUACUACUACUACUGCCUAUCGUGUUGCGAUGUCGACCAAACCCAGAGUUCUGUUGACUAACGACGAUGGCCCUCCUGGACAUGAAUCUCCAUACAUCUAUGGGCUGUAUCGUCACCUCACACAAGACCUGGGAUGGGAUGUGAAAGUUGUCAUCCCCAGCUCGCAGAAGUCAUGGAUCGGGAAGGCCUACCACAUCAAGGACAUAAUCAAUGGGCGGUAUUACUACCCUUGUGAUCCUGACGGUGCGGGAGAGGUCUCGGAGGAGUCUCGACCUUUAAAGGAAGGCGAGCUUGCGGAAUGGAUCCUCCUAGAUGGUACACCGGCAACUUGUGCGAACAUAGGCCUUCACAACUUGUACCAUGGCGAGAUUGACCUCCUGAUAUCCGGACCCAACCUUGGGCGCAACAGCUCAGCCGCUUUCGCGCUCUCGUCCGGCACAAUCGGCGCCGCGCUCUCCUCUGCGCUCUCCAAAGUGCGCUCCAUCGCGCUCUCGUACGGGACCGUGCUGCACCCCACCCCCAUGGACCUGCACGAGCCCGCGCACCAGCUCGGCGCGCGCAUCAUCGGCCGCCUCUGGGCGGACUGGGGCGCGGACGCAGGCGGGCUGCGCACGGGCGAGGUCGACCUCUACAACGUGAACAUCCCCAUGAUCCCGGAGCUCCGGAGCGAGGCCAGCCUCACGAUCUGCUGGACGCGCAUCUGGCGCAACUCGUACGGCCGCCUGUUCAAGGCGCACGCUCCGGUCGCGGCGAAGGAUGCGGCGGUGGUGUCUGAGGCGGGCCCAGACUCCACCAACGAGCCGCCGCAGGGCACACAGGCGGGAUCUCUGGACAAGAAGGCGGGGUCGAAGGACUUGGGCGCGCUGGUUUUCAAGUUUGGGCCAGACAUGACCGACCUCAUCAACCCCACUGCGACGAGCGUGCCCGUUGGCACAGAUGGGUGGGCGAUCCGCAACGGCUGGGUCAGUGUUACGCCAAUGCGCGCGUCGUUUGGGGAGCCCGUGGACUGGGCUGCUGACUGUGAAGCGGAUAUGGAGUCUAGAAUCUGGAAGAUGAAGUUGUAAUGUAGCUGUAUGAUGAAGCCAGGCCACGCUGUUAUUGGUUCAUCUCAUCUAUUCGUGUAUUCGUGUGUUCGUGAGUAGCUAGGUGUCUGUCAAAGUGUACAAUGCAUCUGGCCGUCAAGGUCAUGAGAAGGUCGUAAACUAAAAGCGGACGCCUCCGUUGCGCGUGAAGAAGGGUCGAAAGUGAACGCGCCCGGAGCUUGCUCGUCACGCGUGUGUGCCGCAGCGACUCCCUCACACGACCAGGAGUGCGAGAAGGGGCAGCGCGAUACCGAGCCAGAGCACCUGGCGGAGAGUGGGAGAGUGUGGGUCAGUCCGCGCACCACCCGACACCAGGCCAGCCAAGGUCUGCUUCUUGUACACCGUCAGGGAGUUGAUGUCCCAUGACGCGUUCACGAAGUUGCUCGGAUCCAUCAAGCGAUCGGGGCACGUACCAGGGCAGCCCGAGGUAGCGUACGAGUUGCCUGCCCAAUCGCCGCAGAAGGUAAUGUCGAAGACGAUCGAGUGGUUCACGAAGUUCGAGAUUGGGUCACACCCAUCCGGAGCUAGCAUUGCGACGGGUUCGCCCCAGCUGGAGGGAUUCGGCUGCCCGUUGAGGACGUCCUGUGGAACGGCAGCCCGAUAGAAUGACCAGACGGCGAUACCCUCGUCAUCCCAUUUCAUCGCGAAGACGCCGCCGCCUUGCGCGUCGAAAAUAGGACCAUAGGACGCACGGCUCCACUCCGUCACACCGCAACCCGCGUUGCUAUUCGCGGUACCGUCGCAAUCGAGGUUUAGUUGUCCGUUCGAGCCCACGAUAGUGCCCGUGAAAGUGGUGUUUGGGUUGAGAGUACAGUUGGGACCGGUGUGCCAUGUCACUUGGUUGUGCGCAUUAUCGUGCACGCCUUCGAUGAUAUCUAUUUCACCAGUGUAAGGCCACUGCCCUCCACCAAGUGUCCACCAUGCAGGCCAUACACCACAACCCCAGGGUGCGCGGUUCAAGUCAAGAAUGAACAGCCCUGUAUUGUACUGCGUUUGACUGGAUAUGCGGACGCUAUUACGGUUAACCCCAGAUGCUAGCGAGGUAGUGUCGUCUCCUUUCAUAAUGACCCUCCCAUCGCUCGUCACGAAGGACAGGUUGUUGGCGAAGGCCGUGUCCCGGUCGGUGUAGUUGACCGUUCCAUGGGUGGGGUCUUCGCCGGUGAAGAAGUUGAACGUAUCGAAGAAUGUCGAACCCUGGUAGAUGUCUUGUACCGACCAAAUGAAGCUCGAACCGUUCGCGCUGGUCUGAAGCUGGUUCGCCCGCUUGUCAAGGGUAACGGCGUGUGAUUUGGUGGCAUGCUGAAGCACUAACAGCAAUCCCGCUCUCGCGGAGAAAGACUUCGAGGGCAAGGGUUGCAGAACAGAAGCAGCAAGCAAGGACAAUAGCGUCAAAGGAAGAACGGACGGCAUCGCAGCGAGGAAGCAGGGGGGCAAGGGACGGGGUCUUGGUGAGUGCACGCAGACAGAUGACGGCACCACGGUUUAUAUGUCCCAGCG